AUGCCACCAAGAAUAAGGAGGAGACUCACAACCUCUAAAAGAAAUGAGAUAGAAAAACAACAAGAGUUGGUGGAGCAAUCUCAACAAAUUGUGCGACCAUUUGAAACAAUACAUUCGCUUCCCGUAUCUUUUUCAUCAGUUUCACAAGAAUCAUCAUUGAAUCAACCAUUGACUAUCAAAGAUACAGGUGUACUAUAUUUAUCCUUAAUCAAAUCAAGAUCAAACUAUUUAAAACUUUGUCCCAUGUUUCAGUUAUAUUGGGUUAAACAAUCAAGUUAUAUCAAAAAGCUAGUAGAUCAAGAUAAACCAAUACCUGAACACUUAAAACGAGAUGACAUAUUUGCAAAUAGACCUAGUGUUUUGAACAACGAGGUAAGUGCUAGAGAUAUAAUGAUUAAGUUAGUAGAUUGUGGUUUAACUAUUGGAGUACAUUUUUUUGAAAUUAGAGUAUUUAUUGCAAAAGAUGAAAGAAGUGAUACUAAGGAAGAGAAAAUCAGAUUGAAACAAGAAAGGGCAGAGAAAAAGCUUCAGCGGGAAAAGGAAAAACUUGAAAGAAAAGCUCAAAGAGAGCAGGAGAAUAGAGAAAGAGAGGAAAGAAAAAGACAAAAAGAGUUGGAAAAACAAGAAUUAAUGAUGAAAAUGAGAUUGGAAUCUGAAAAACUCAAAACCGAAGCCCAACAACCUACAACAUCAACCAGUAAUGGAUCCAAAAACUCAAUAAAAAAAGAAACUCCAACUAAGAAAUCAAGUGAUACAUCGCAUGCUCAACAAAAACCUAAAUCGCUCCCGACUCAACCAACUACCACUUUAACUAACUCAUCACCAUCACCAAACCCGGGAGAUAUGAAAAGUCCUGAAAAUCAAAAAAUGAUUGCAAAUUUGAAUUUCAUAGGGUCGAAAAAUGCUGAGUUCAAUAAUUUAAUGACCUUAGUGGCUCAUGGAGUAGGUAAUUCUCAUCAAAUAAUGAUAUUUCAAAAAUAUAUAAAGAAGGCUAGAGAAUUAAAGCAUCCCCCUCAUAGUGAUAAAACCAUCAAAAGAGUUGUUGAUUCGAUUAAUAGAGAAAUUGAAACAGAGACACGAAAUGAGGUUAACGCUGUUAGGAGACAAUUGGAACGAGGCGAACUUGGAAUGGUUGUGCAAAACAAUGGUGUUGCAAGCAAAGAUAGAACCUUAGAUAAUGAGAAUAAAAAUUCAAAUAUUAAAUCCGAAAGCACGAGGGUGGCACAAAAUACAUCUACAGUACAACAUCAUCAUCAAGAAGUAAAUAAUGACAAGUUGAAUGAUCUGAUAACAGCACCAGAUCCUCAGACACAGACAAUUAAAACUGAACUGAGACAAAAUCAAAUUCAAGAUAAUGACAACAAUAACUCUCAGCUAUCAAAUCAAACAAAUCAAGAGGUGAAACAAACACAUUCAAAUAGCAUCACCGGAAGCGUACAAGAACCAAAUUCAUUGCAACAAGGGGAACAUCAACAUCCGCAACAGACUCAAAACGGUUAUUCCAACAAUGUCGACUUGACUUCACCUCAAAACAACAUUCAUCACAACGCGCCAGCUCCACUGAAAACCAAGUUGGAGAUGCAGCAAGAGCUAAAUAUCAAACUAGAGCCAAAUCCUUAUCACAUUACGUCUAAACAUUCAUCAGUGGAACCAGAAGGCCACAAGUCAAAGAAACAAAAAGUUCAGGAAAUACCAAAAGAUCAAAAAUUAACUGCAUUUCAAGAAAAAUAUAGCACCAAUGCAACUUUAGUAUUUGAAUUCCUUGAAAAUACGAAUGUGAGAUUUCAGCUACCUAAGUAUUCCAUUUGUGAAAUUUUAGAUCCGUCUACAUCAAUCAAUUCUGAAAAUGGUAAUGCAUCAGAUAACAAAGAUAUCUUGGUGAGUUUUUUAUGGGUUCAUAAUCAAAAGGAAAUAGAUGAAUAUGAAGUAGCUUUAAAAAAGUACAACACGCAAAUGAAAGAGCUAGAAGAAGAGAAAGAAAGGCAGAGGAAGGAAAUAGAAAGCGAAGAAAAAAAAGAGACAGAUUCAGAAAUAAACCAGGUUCCUGAAAACGGAUCCAGCAGUAAUGUUGAACAAACAAAAGAUGAUAAAAAUCUGGGAACACAAGAGACUGCAAGAGUUGAUGAGUGUCAAGAGGUAAAAAAGGAAGAAUUAAACGACAUAGCAGAUGAAGACAACGACGAAGUUGAAAUUAAGGAAGAGACAGUAACGUCAAGUGUUCCCGCGAAAAGAAGAGCUCCUCCACCGAGAAGAGGGAAAAAGAAAAGAAGGGGCCCAGUUCCAAAAAAAGCAGCUUCGAAACCUUUACAACCACCAGAAGAGCCAACGUAUAGUUAUUCAAGUGUCUCAUUUACUCUUCAUGGGAUACCCUCAAAGUUUGUUCCUAUAUUCGUCAACUCAUUUGAACCAGUCGAAAAAGUUCGAGUUCAAAUGGAACAUAUAUUGAAAGUCGGAACAAGAUUGGCACCCUAUCAAUUGUGGUAUCAAGUUGAUGGUAGAUUGGAUGAAGAUUUGGCGGAAAAUUUAAGAGUACAGUUGAAUCAAGAGGAAAAGAAAUUUACAGGAAUACCUACCGUUCAAGAUAAACCCAAAAAAUAUCCUAAAAAGAAGAAAGUAGAGCCUGCAGUAGGUGAUUCAAAAACCACAAGCAACGGUAUUGGAGCUAAUAAAACUAUUAACCUGGAGUCUACUCCCACACAAAACGAAAACAAGGAAGAUGGUUUGCAUGUUGAGACGGACAAAGUUGAAGUAGAUACAAAAUCUGAAAAAGAAAGUAAAUCGAACGAUCAUCAGAGCAACGAAGUGAAUGCUGUAUCAAAUAAUGCUGAAGCAAGGGAUAUCGCAAAUUGA